AUGGUGAACGGCACUGCCGUGUUGGAGCCCACUUUCACCGGCUAUGUCGCAACCACUCAAGAUGCCCUGAUCCUUUUUGAGGCGUGUUUGACCGGUGUCCUGCAUCAUGUCCCACGUCGCCCUCACGAUCGGGAACGGAGCCACCUUGUGCGCAGUGGGAGUGUCUUUAUCUACGAGGAGAACGCGUCUGGGAUCAAACGCUGGACUGAUGGCGUCACCUGGAGUCCGAGUCGCAUUCUAGGCAACUUCCUCGUCUACCGGGAACUGGACAAGCCUUUCCCACCUGGGGAGAAAAAGCGCGCAAUGAAGAAGGCAACUCGACGACCUAUGCCUGCCCGCCCUGGAGAGCCCUAUCCGCGACACGACAGCAACGGUGGCCAAGGCUACUCUCCGACCUCCUCUACCUCCGGCCAGUUCGCAGACCGUCCCCAUCAGUCGGAGGUCGAACGGGCAUUGGUCGGGUCUCUGGUCGACUCAUACGGUUUCAAGGACUCGGGCUUGGUGAAGAAGACGAUGAGCGUGACUGUCAUGGGUGUGACCCACCACUUGGUCUCCUACUACAGUGUCGAGGACGUCAUGCGCGGUAUCCUCAACCCACCCUCGAUGGUGGAAUCCUUGCGCUACAUCCGCCCCCGAAUCGAACUCACCCAGAAACAGAGCUUCCGCGCCCCGAUUGAUGACCUGGAGACCGGUGCCUUGGAAAGUCACGAUCCUUCGCACGCUGCGCUGUAUGGAUAUCGCCCACAGAUGAUGGCCCCACCCGCCUACGCCAUGCCCGCUCCUCCCAACGAUUUCUAUAUGCACGCUCAAUACACCCCGACACACCCGCCACAAACUGCACCAGGUCCGAUCCCCGGAUACUCCAUGGGUGGUUCCAUGUCAGGGCAACCGGCACCUAACCCAUAUUUGCCCGCUCCAGGGCCGACCGCCAUGCCCAAGGUCGACGACUACCACGCAUUCCGCGCAGGGCCCUACGGCGGCAGCAUGGACUCAAUGAGCGGCCACAGCGCUCUUUCCUCCUCCAUCCCGGGUGGCAUCAAUACCGCGAUUCCAAGCUCGCUCAGCGACCGGAACCGAUCAACCUCCGACCACAGUCCUUCCGCAUACCGCAACUCCUCCAUUUCCUCCCGCAGCGUCGCCACAGACGCCACCUCCCCAAUGGACCCUUCAACCCCAGCAACCUUCUCCCGCGGUAGCUUCAGUCUCUCCGGUCAGCUCGAAAACCCACAUCCCCUCGAGCCACGCGGCAUGCCAGGUCUCGAUCCUUCCGUCCCAAGACGUGACUCGAAUCCUAUUCAUCCUUACUACGGGGAUCGCUCCCAGUACUAUGUCAGUGCAGCGGCACCGGUCAACCACCCACAUUACGCCGCUACACAACCGCUGUCGACAUGGACGACCACCGCGCCGGCCCAGCCGCAAAUCUAA